AAGAGGCAUUUCCCAGGAGAGCGUUACCCUUGCAUGCAUGCUAGCUUGCUGCCUUCUCUCACCAUGGAAGACUAUCAGCAUCAGCUGCUGACAGUUAUUGGGGGACUGAUCUGUUUCUGUGCUCUGGUAAAAUGCAUCAGAUUUAUGAAAUACGUUUUCCCACAUACCUGGAGUGCUUUGCCUCAGGCUUUCUUUCCGUCGCUGGGAGAAUGGGCAGUGGUCACAGGAGCAGGAGAUGGGCUUGGAAAAGCGUAUUCAUUUGAGCUGGCAAAACGUGGAUUAAAUGUGGUUAUGAUAAGCAGAACUCUUGAAAAACUGCAGAGAGUAGCUGCUGAUAUCGAGCAGGCCACAGGUCAAAAGGUGAAGGUUAUACAAGCUGAUUUCACUAAAAAUUCAGUAUACGAGAACAUUGAAAAAGGUCUGCAAGGCUUGGAAAUUGGUGUUUUGGUUAACAAUGUUGGAAUGCUUCAUAAUCCUCUCCCGUGCCGUUUCCUUAAUGCACCAGACAUAGACGAGAACCUUGUCAACUGCAACAUUAUUUCUGCUACAAAGAUGACACAAAUAAUUUUGAAACAAAUGGAACCAAGACAGAAGGGUCUUAUUCUAAAUCUGUCCUCUGGUCUGGGUACUUUUCCCUGUCCAUUAUACACAAUGUACUCAGCUUCUAAGGCUUUUAUAUGCACUUUCUCCAAAGCACUACAAGCAGAGUACAGGGCAAAGGGAAUUAUCAUACAGGUAGUGGCUCCUUAUGGUGUUUCUACUCCAAUGACCAUGCACCAAAAACCUGGUCUUAUUACAAAGACGGCAGAAGAGUUUGUUAGUGAAUCUCUGGAUUAUGUUACUUUUGGAGAUGAGAUUUUUGGAUGUUUGGCCCAUGAAAUACUGGCCUGUGUCCUGCGGCUGAUUCCGUUAUGGGUAUUCCACAGUGACCGCCUUCAAGAAGCAGUCCUGCAUCUGUUCACCAGUUAUCUGAAGAAAAGGUGGAGGAAGCCCUGAUAUCAUUUUCUUUCUUCCUUUUUUUUUUUUUUUUUAUUUUAAGAUGUGCAAUGGAAAACCCCAACAGGAUACAUUUUACUGUGGCUCUGUGUGUGAAUGUGGAAGGAAUCAAAUCAGUUGGAGGCAUAACUCCACCCAAAUCACCAAUCCAGUGAUCACUGACUGGAUCCAAUGUAUCUAUUAAGCAAAAUAAUUACUGUCCCUUUCCAGCAAUUUCUGGCCUUUAGAUAGGUUCUAAGAAAUGCUGCUGCUAUUUUGAUAUAAGCUUGGUGGCAACAGAUAUUUAUGCUUAUUUGUUGUUCACAAAUAAAACAAUAAUUUGCUUUAUUCCCAAAUUUAUUCAGAAUGUGUUUUGAUGUUUUCAGGGAAUGUUUUGUGCCUUUGGUUUCUUCUGAAAAGACAAGGAAAUUUUUAGGAGGGAGGGAAAAAAAAAAAAAAAGAAAAGAAAAAAGAAGAAACUUUCUAGAUAUAAAGUAGACACCGGAACUUUGGAAAUCUGCAGUCAUAUAAAAUGUGCUUCUGAACAGAGGCUAUGAAUGACUUAGUCCUCUGCAACAUCUGAUAUGGGCUGCAAAUGCAGAAGCAUAGGCAAAAAGAUAGGCAGUAAUUCUACAUUCCUGGAUGGAUUCAGAAGGCAAAUCUUUUGGUUUCAAAUACCUACUCAUUCAGAUGUACUUCUGUUUGUAAUAAAUCAGGAGUUUUUA